AUGCCUGGACAGUCAAGAAAGGUGGUUUGCGUUGUGCAGGCCUGCAUAAGCUCCGGUGGCAACAUACGCUGUUCACCAAGGAGCACUCAUGUGCGUUGUCUUUCAACCACAGCUCCCCAUCAGACAUCUCGACGGACGCCAGACUUCAACUCCGGGUUCACAGGCAGCUAUGACCCCACGGCUGAGCUGGGCCGUGGCCCUAUGUUUAAUAAAGCCAACUUUGGAGUCCCCCAAUUUUACCCUCGGGAUCUGAAGAGACGAGUCGAUGAGAACCCCAAGAUUAAUAAUACCUUUCUUGUAGAUGAAUUUCCUGGGCACAAUGAGUCGGUCAGACAGUUGCACGACGCAACAGAGUUUGAGGAAAACCCUCUUGAUCAUUUAUAUGUCCCAGAAGACCCGUCAGCGCCGGAGCAUGUCAAGAUUGAUAAAAGUAACUUGCUGUUGAUUGGGCCAACAGGUGUUGGCAAGACUUACAUCCUAGAAACGUUGAGCAAACAAAUUCAUGUCCCCUUUUCGAUAUGUGACUGCAAUUCCCUCACUCAGGCCGGCUACAUUGGCCAGGAUGUGGAAACUUGCAUUGAGCGGCUACUCAUUGAGGCCAACUACGAUAUUAAAGCUACGGAAUACGGAAUUGUGGUGCUAGAUGAGUUCGACAAGCUUGCCAGGAGAGAAUCCCCGACAGGGCGUGAUGUUGGUGGAGAAGGUGUCCAACAAGCCUUGCUCAAGUUGGUCGAAGGGACCAAGAUUACCAUCAAUGUGAAGGAUAACCGAUCAUCACGAUCAACCCCGCCAAUCACCACAAACUAUAGCUCUGGUGGAUCGUCGUCGUCGGCACCGCAGGCCGUUCCCCCAGGGGGGAAAGUCGACCAGUACACAAUCGACACCAGCAACAUCUUAUUCGUAUUCUGCGGUGCGUUCGUCGGUCUGGAUAAAGCCGUGUUGCAGCGUGUAGCCAAGCCGUCAAUGGGCUUCGGUGGCGAGUUGAGAGGUCGGUCGACACUUUCUGGAAGCAAGCACAUCCUUCCUUCGAGCGUAUACGCUCAUAUUGCUCAUCAUGACGCGAUGCCAGAAGCUUCAUUUACGCCGCUAGAUCUUGCAACACCUGCAGAUCUGCAAAGCUUCGGGUUUAUCCCAGAACUAAUAGGCCGCCUACAUAACAUCUGUGCUCUAAGUCACUUGUCCACCAGCGACCUGCUCCGUGUACUCACAGAGCCCCGGAACAGUCUUGUUGCGCAAUACACGGCAUUAUUUGAGACGUACCCGUCGCGAUUACGCUUCACUGAAAAGGCAUUAUACGCCAUUGCAGAAAGGGCUGCAGCUAUUGGAACUGGUGCCAGGGGUCUGAAGAUGGAAAUGGAACGGAUUCUCGCUGAGCCGAUGUUUGAUGCCCCUAUGCCGUAUGUUCUUAUAACAGAGGACUGUGUUAAGGGAUCAGGUAAAGCAACAUACUGGGGUAAAGACGGGAGGUUCGAAAUAGACAGGCGGUUGGAAGAAGAGAGUAUGAGUCGUCAAGACACAAUACCUCAGGUGACCUUUGAGCGUAUGAGGGAGGCCGGGCAGAGUGGGGGAUAA